AUGGCUCACAGUCCAAAGUACGUGCUGUUUGCUGGCGCGCUGCUGUUUCUGGUUACUGCACUGUCCUUUUUGGACGUUUACUACGAGCCAAACACAUGCUCAAUGUCAUAUUCCAGGCCCUCCUCCGUUGAGAUUAAUGUUCAGAGCCCGUCGUCAAAAGUCUCCACCCGCUACAGAACUUACUUGUAUCAAGAGGGCGGAGUAUCGAAAGUUUAUACCGGUCCUCACACCCUAGGAGGAACUCCUGUCAUAUUUAUUCCUGGCAAUGCUGGUUCUCAUUCUCAGGGUCGAUCGUUAGCUGCGCUAGCCAUCAACCUGGGCGAAGAGUUGGGCACCGAAACCCCUUUCGACUUUUUCCUGCUGCAUUUCAGCGAGGAUAUGUCUGCAUUACAUGGCAAAACCAUCGUUGACGAGGCUGCGUAUGUGAAUGAUGCUAUCAGCCAUAUUCUCGGUCUUUAUGCGCAGCAUGGGAAUCUCGCUGUCGUGCCCUCCUCGGUUAUCGUGCUAUGCCACUCAAUGGGUGGGAUAGUCGCCAGAACUGCAGUCACCCUGGAUAACUACAUUCCAGGUAGUAUCAAUACCAUUUUCACUCUCAGUACCCCUCAUAUUUUCCCGCCUCUGACUUUGGACAAAGACGUCACAAUGGUGUACGACAGUGUAAACCAGUAUUGGAGAAACUGCUAUUCCGAAAAGCACAGUCCGAUGGAGAAUACAACUCUUGUUUCGAUCUCGGGUGGUCAUAUUGAUCACAUGGUCGUUCCUGAUUCAACGCCGGUGGAUUCCCUGAUUCCAGUCACUCACGGCUUGUCUGCGUUCACGUACUCUAUUCCAAAGGUCUGGCGAGGAAUUGACCAUCUAGCAAUUAUGUGGUGUGCCGAGCUUCGAAGUGUAAUCGUAGACAGUCUCUACAAGAUUGUUGACUCAAAAAGCCCAGAACGAACCAUCCCUGUAACACAAAGAAUGCAGGCUCUCAAGUCUGCCUUCAAAUCUCCAAUUGAUUCGUUGACGGAGAACGAUACACUGGUGUGGCACGACCGAACCGAAAAGGCGGCUUAUUUCGAAACACCCGUUGGCUUUUUCGAAGUCAACCCCAAACAAGAUUCAAAUGGUCUUGUUAUUCCAGUCGCUCAAGCAGCUCACCACAGCUCUUUGCUUUGGACUGUUCUCACCGGAAUAUCCGUUCCGCUGAUAGAAAGAUACACUAAUAUCUCUCUCCCUACUAUCAAAUCAAGUUUGUUGAGUUUACAAGUUGAGGUUCUUCCUCAGUGCCAACCCUCACAUGCUGGUGCCAACGACAUCCCCUUGGCGAUCCGGUCAUGGACCGCUCGUGAGUCGCGGUGGUAUGUUGGCAAUACAGCACGCAUUGUUUGGUAUUCUGAAUCACCGUACAUGCCCUUUGAUGACUCGCGUGGUCUUUAUCUUCAGAUCUUCGCUCCCGAAAUCUGCAGUAGCGGCCCCAGCCAUAUCGCUCGUAUCAAAGUGGACUGGUGGGCGACCCUUUCAAACUUGGCAAUCAACUACCGCGCAUCUCUGGCCACGUACCCCCUUGCAGUCGUAUUGAUUUGUGUUUUCAUUCAGCUAAGAGCUUUCCACGCAAACAAACACAUUUCGUUUUCGGAUAGUUUGUCUAUUUUCACGGAAAAAUAUCUUCUUCACAUUGCAAAAGGACUCGCAGUGACUCAUUUGGCGCUAUGCUGGCGUCCAUUGCGGAAUCUGAUCAGGUCUUUACAAAUGCCAAGUGAACGGUACAAUAUCCAUGCACUGCAGAGGCAAACAUUUGACAUUCAUGACAUGCUAGUUGGAGUUGAUGAGCCACUUUUAUUCUGGAUUCCGCCUUUGCUCCUUGUCAUGGCAACGGCAGCUCUCAUGCUAGUCCACCAGGUACUCUCCGCAAUCGUAUUUGCAAAUGGCUGGCUUCAGAACGCUGCUUGUCGAGGUUGCCGUGGUCCGCCCGUGCCUCAGUCCCUGAAAAACCCCGCUGUAUACAUUAUUGGCAACUUAUUCUGGCUUUCGGCAUUAUUUUUCAUUCCUUAUCAGGUUGUGUUCAUUGCUGUCACUGUAUUUUUGCUAUCAAAAACGGUUGAUGCCGAUUCAUGGCAGUACACGUUUUCAAUGCUGUUCCUUUGGACGUGCGCCAUUGAUGGCCCUAUCCUUGUCGUCUGGGCGCAUAAUAUCAACUUCGAGUGGUCAUUGGCUUUCUCGACCUACCGCAACAUUGUGGCCGCGGCUCCGAUCGUGAUCCUCGUAUACUUUUUGUCGCAGCAUCCAAGUCCCAUACCCCCUCCCUGCGACAAUGUAUUAUUGAAACGUUUCACAUACGCCUGCCUGAUCUAUAUGGCAACCUAUGCGCUUGUUUACGGUGCGAUGCACACUUUCAUGAUGCACCAUCUUGUAAACUACUUUGCUGGCUGGCUUCUGACUCUUUACAUGGAAAGACCUCAGCCAAGAAAACUCCAGUAG